AUGUCCGCCCUCCGCCGCCUCCCCUGCCUACAGCGUCCUUACUCUACCCGCACUAUCCUCCCCCACCCCAGCUGGUCGGUGCGUACGCUCCUACCUAGCUCCGACCCCUCCUCCACCAAGAGUACGCCCACAAUCUCACCGUCGACACUCGCGCACCUCCUGCGCCUAUCCGCGCUCUCACCACCUGCCGACCCGGCUUCACUUCACGACCACCUACACUUUGUACGCUACCUGACCAAAGUUAAGACCUUUGGCGUAGUGCCGGUUGCGGCAAUCCGAGACGAGGUCCACCUGGCGAGCGAGUACAGUUACGAAGAUGUUAUGGGCACGGAGGAGCAGCUGGACGAUGUGGGUGUGAGCGAUGGUGGGGAUUUGUCAUGGAACGCCGUGGACAGGGCCAAGAGGAAGGUCGGUAGCUUUUUCGUCGUUGACGAGGCGGUCGAGGAUGAGUUGGUGAGGCUUGAGGUUAAGAAAUGA